AAAUUCAUACUACUAUUUAUUCACCUAUUCUGUAUCUGAUUUUUGUCGCUCUCACAGCCUAAUGACAGACCCCCGAGUCGGAAACAACCAGAGCAAAAACACUCCGGUUAGACUUAAAAUAACUCCACAGCAUUAUCAUCCCAAAGUCAACAUUUCGAAUAUGAUAAAGUCUCUAUCGGAGGGAAAAAGAAGAAAAGAAAUUGCCAUAAAAGGCGGUCUAGAGGUCAGCUUAAUACACUCUAAGCACUUUUUCGCUGGUCUGGAACAUUCCCAAAUCUUUUCUCCACUUCAGUUUCAUUUCUUACACACUGGAAUACACUUGACUUUACCCCACUUCAUCGCCAAUAUGACAGCGUACAAAGUUGAACAAGUGCCGGCGCCGCUCGCGAAUCUCGGCGAAGGACCGCACUGGGAUUGGCAGACACAGAACCUGUACUAUGUCGACAUCUACGGUGGCACCAUCAAUCGCUUCAGCUAUGCCGAGAAUAAGACCUAUUCCGCAACUGUUGAUAAGGAGCCCGUGAUCUCCUUUAUCAUCCCAGUGGAGGGAAACGAUGCGGAGUUCGCCAUUGGCAUUGGUCGUCGUGUGGGAAUUGUCACCUGGGAUGGCAAGUCGGCAACGUCCAAAGUGACUCGUUUGGUUGGUCAGGUGGAGCAAGAUGAUCACAAGUAUAAAACCAAUCGCUUCAAUGAUGGCAAAGCCGAUCCCAAAGGACGUUUGUUUGCCGGCACCAUGCAAUUGGAGGAGUGCGAAGGCUUCUUAGAUGCUCGCCUCGGAGCGCUGUAUAAAUUCACCAAGGACGGCGAGUUUGACAAGCUGAAGAGCAACAUUGGCAUCUCCAACGGUCUGGCCUGGAAUGAGAAGACCAAUAAAUUCUACUACAUCGACUCAUGUGCACUGGACGUGAAGGAGCACUCCUACAAUCCCGUCAGCGGAGAAAUUACAAAUCCACGGGUCUUGAUAGAUUUCAGCGUCAACGGCGAGAGACCCAAUUACGUCCCAGACGGCAUGACAAUCGAUUCCGAGGGCAAUCUCUAUGUGGCUCUGUGGGGCGGCAACAAAGUGCUCAAGGUGUGUCCCAACUCGGGCAAGGUCAUUCAGGAAAUCGACAUUCCAGCCGAACAGGUGACUUCAGCGGCCUUUGGUGGCCCCAAUCUCGACAUCCUGUAUGUCACCACGGCCGCAACUGAGAGGGACCGCCCACAGCCGCCUCCGGCCGGCGGCGUGUUCGCCGUGAAAGGUCUCGGCGUCACGGGAACCAAGAUGACACGCGCCAAUGUCUGAUGACAAGCUGCAAUGCAUUCUAGAGUUAGACAAAUUGUAUCAAAUGGAAUAUCCACAACUAUUCUAUUGAUCUUAUGACUUUUGCAGAAAUUAUAGACCAUUCUAGAAGUGCGUUUAACACUAUGUUUUUUUUUUUAUUAAUUUUGGGAAUGUGAAAAAGAAUUUAGUAAUUUUAUAAAGAAAAACCCGUUUUCCAACUACAGGAAAGCUUUUUUUUUACAUCUCUAACAAUGAAAACACCCUUUUUGAAGAAUGAAUUUCAACAAAAAAAGAUUAUUAUAUAUAUAUAUAUAGGAAUCCCUUCGAAGCAGGGAAUAAAGAACCAAUAGAGAUUUUAGAAAAUAUAUACCAUAUCAGUCAUACAAUGACUGUUUCUCUAAUAUUGACUCAUUAGAUUGCGCCUCUUCACAGAAAUCUUUCCAGUUAAAGGCGUUUCUCUAAUAAAUGAUAACUGAGUUGAAAGGAUAAUGGCAAA